AAGCAGUAGAUGGCGGUAAAAGGUUGUUAAAAUAUUCAUUUACAUAUUUAAUUUAUUAAAAUACACAGUGUAAAAUUCUUAUUAGAUUUAAAAACACUUUACACUUAAUUAUUGUCAAUUUUACGUUACCAAAUAAAUGAAGAAAAUAAUUUAAUAUCUAAACAAGUACUAUUUUGACAACCAACCCGAUACAGCUGUUCAAUUUGUUUCUUUUGUUUGAAAACUCAGCAACGGUGCAUUUUGAAUUUUUGAAGUCGUUUGCUAUAAAUCCGACUCAAUAUCUUAGAAUAUUUGUUUUAAUUUGUAAUUUGAGAGAAUGGAAUCUGCUGGUUUGCUGAAUUAUCAAAGGAAUAGUGUUGCAGAUUCGUCCAGCUUGACACCCGUAAAGCCUAGACUCGGGAGAUUUGUGGAUGUUUACUCGCCUGAACAUCUAAAUAUAACACCGCGACCUAAACCGAAGCUUACAUUUACUGAAGCCAGGGAUGAGAGUCCAAAUUUUAUUACCCCUGAGAAAUACAUUGAAGUUGAUUUUAAAUGCAGAACUGCAAAAGCUCAGGAUCGAUACCGGAAUGUGUUCAGCAACUGUUCCUUUGAAGGUAACCAGAGCUUCCCGCGCCUGAGCCGUAAGGUGCGGCCUAUGACCAUGGAGCUGGAGACACCCACCAAAGUCAAACAAACUGUUGAUCUUGUGCGAGUGGAUGGUCCAAAUGGGCUUAGAUUCAACACAUCUCUAGCACCUGAUGUAGCAGGAUCCCCUGCUCCAUCCCAGACUGAGCGCCUCCAACAAACCAUCAACCCUAGCAAGGCUGUCUUUACCAUUGAACCUAAUACUUUGAAGAUUCUCAUAGUGAACAACAAAGCAUGUUCCUUGCUCGGAUAUUCAUCAGGAGACCUAUGUGGACUUCGGUUCUCCGACCUACUCAGAAACAGGAACUGCAAGGCUUUCAGCUUACAUGAACCAGAGGACUGUGACGCUUCCGAAGAUGGAACCGUUGUUUUGCUUAGUGGAAAGGUAGUAGAACUAAUAUCCAAAGAUGGUGGGUCAGUGCAAGUGUCUCUGUGGAUAAGACAGCUGGAUAAUGAUGGUCCGUGCUUAGUCGUCGCUGAACCUGUCAACUGUAAGAGUGUUGUGUUAACAGUAGAAGCGGACACGGGUAUAAUCCUGGCGUGUGAAGGAGAGUCAGCGGCCGCGUUGUUCGGGGCGGAGUCGCGGGACAAACUAGUCGGAGUACCACUCGCCUCCCUCAUACCUAAUGCGAGGCUACCAUCUUAUGACGCGCCUAUGCCCAAGAAUAUGGCGAAGCAGAAAUUGACAGGUUAA